CAUCUUCUCAUCCUAUUUGAAACAUGUCUACAUAGGAGUUAUUGAAAGGAAGUAACUAAAUAAUAUUUAAUAGUGAGAGUAGGAGAGAAAAUCAAGGACCAAAAGGUACUGUUUAUAGACAUGGAAACAGACUCAACAGGUUUAGGAGAGCUGCUUGAACAAGCUGAGCAGUUGACAGCUGACAUUGAUGGAGAUGGUGAACUUCCACGUGUAGAGAGAAACUUUAGGCAAAUUUUAGAAGCUGGGCAACAGUUAUGGACUCGUACAGCACAGACAAGCAGCCGUGAUACCUCUGAUGUCAAGGCGUCAAUUCUACUUGCAAGCAAAGGUUAUGAUCUUCCUCGGAUGUCUCAUAAGCUGGAGAGCUUAAGUACAGCUAAAACAUUUGAGCCAAUUGAGCCUAUACGAGAAACAGAUAUUCAGGGUUUUCUGAGAAAUGAAAGAGAAAAUGCCAUAUUGUCUGUUAUAGAAGAAUCAAAAAAAGCUACCUUUGAGCGAGCUGAUAGACUGUACUGGGAAAGUUUAGAAAAUGAGUGGGAACAGGAAAAACAGAGGAUUUUAAAUGCCUUAGUUGGGUCAUCACAAGAGGUUAUAGAUGUGACAUUAGAUGCAGAGUCCACAAUAAUGGAAAGCUCCAGUAUUGUAGGUAGAAGUGCUAUGGACAGUAUAGAGAUGGCUUAUGCUAAAGUUAUUUACCAGUACAAUGAACAAGUAGUUCAAGGAGGAUUUAAGUACAGCCUUGCAGAAAAGUUUUGUGAACUAUCCAGAGAUUUGGAUGACAAAAAUGUUUUGGAUCUAUGGACAAUGGUUGAGCAAAUGAUCAACGUUCCACUGACUACUGGAAAAGAUAUUUUGGAGGCUCGCUCCUCUGUUGCUAUGCAAACAUCAUUGAUCAGCCAAGCCCGAAAAUAUUUGGAGCAGAAAUAUCUACAAUACAUCCAGGCUAUUGUGUAUGGCAAUCUGCAGCAAGCCCAGUUAGGAGGUAUUCCAGGAACUUACUCCCUUGUCCGUAGCUUUCUUAAUAUCCGCAUUCCCACAAACACUCAAGGAUUAGAGGAUGGCUUAGUAGAAGGUCACCCUGUUUGGCCUGUCAUUUAUUACUGUAUUCGUUGUGGAGAUUUAAAUGCUGCACUUCGUGCUGUCAAAGCUGCUAGUUCAGCACUUGGAGUCUUGGUCUCGUAUCUUACAGAGUACUCUCAAUCAAAUCAAUCCCGGCUAAGCCCAUCUAGUGAAGGACAAAUUAGGCUACAGUACCGUCGAUCAGUGAGGACUAGUACAGACCCUUAUAAAAGGGCUGUUUAUUGUAUUCUUGGGUGUUGUGACAUCACUGAUGAUCAUUCAGAGGUUGCUACUAAAACUGAUGACUAUCUAUGGCUAAGAAUUUGUCAGCUUAGACCUGAGGAAGAAGAAGAAGACACAGUAGCAUUGCAGCAAGACAGGAUGACGCUCUCUCGUUUUCAGACAAUGUUGCUUGAAGAAUAUGGAGAAAGCCACUUCAAUGCAUAUCAGCAGCCCUAUUUAUUUUUCCAAGUCCUUUUUCUCUCUGGUCAGUUUGAAGCAGCCAUUGAGUUUCUCUCUCGCAUGGAACACUUGCGUUGUCAUGCAGUGCACGUGGCCAUUACACUGUAUGAGCAGAACCUUCUGGCAUUGCCUAUAAACUUAAACGCUCCUCUCUUGUCCAAAAAUCCUGGUGAUAAACCACCAUCACGAAGAUUGAAUUUUGCCCAUCUUAUUAUGAUUUACACCCAUAAAUUUGAAGCCACUGAUCCUCGGGAAGCUAUUCAGUACUUCUAUCUUCUCAGGAACCUUAAAGGACUUAAAGGAGAAGACUUGUUCAUGGCAUGUGUGAGUGAACUUGUUCUAGAAACCAAGGAGUUUGAAAUGUUACUUGGAAAAAUGGAAAAAGAUAAUUGUCGAAAGCCAGGGAUCAUUGACAAAUUUCAAGGAGAUGUCCAGAAAAUCAUUGAAGUUGUUGCAGUGGACAGUGAAAAUAAAGGACUCUAUGAAGAUGCUGUCAAGCUCUAUGAUCUAGCCAAAAAACAUGAGAAAGUCUUAGAAUUGUUGAACAAACUUUUAAGCCAAGUUGUACCUCAAGUUAAAAAUCCUGGAUCUGCUCGAGACCGAUUAGAGAAUAUGGCUGUUGAUAUCGCUGAAAGGUAUAAAACUCAUGGUCAUUCUGGUAGUAGAGAGACUACAGGAACUUGUUACCUUCUUCUUGAUUUAAUGACAUUUUUCAACCAGUAUCAUGCUAAACGGUAUUCUGAAGCAUUAGAUACAAUACAAAAAUUGAAGCUCUUGCCCUUUCAAACCGAGGAUGUGGAACAGAAGGCUAGAGCCUUUCUACAUUAUCCCGAGGAGGUUCGUCGUAACUUACCAGAUGUGUUACUAGCAACAAUGAACAUCCUAUACUCUGAAUACAAAUCCAGAAAAAGUGCUGGUUUAGGAAGCCCCCAAACUUCAUUUUUAUCUCAACAAAAAAGCAGUCCAGAAGAACCAGGAAAAUAUAUCACAUACCUACGAAAACAAGCCCGAGCAUUGAUAACCUUUGCUGGGAUGAUUCCAUAUCGAAUGCCAGGAGAUACAAAUGCACGUUUGGUCCAGAUGGAAGUUCUCAUGAACUAAUUUUUAGUUUUACCUUGGGAUACCCACCAUGUUUUAGUAUUGAUGAUCUUCAUACAACAAAUAAUUAGGUUCACUAUAUUUUUUGAAGAUACUGACUUUUAGAAUGAAAAUAAACUCCAACUUAACUGUACAGAUUUACACUUUAUCACUUUCUUUUGUAAAAACUGGGUAAUGUUAAUUAAAAUAAAAUCCAAUUUUAGUAAUAA